GUUGCGCGCGCAGUUAGGCCGGCGGCGGGCUUUCUCUUCGGCUUUCUCCGGCCCACAUUAUAUAGCUGCAGCUCGGCUACCAGUGAGCAGCAGCAAAGAGCACCUGGGCAAAGCGGUAUUGUUGCGGCGGCGCUGCACAGGGAACGGGACGCUGCUAAAACUUGACUGGAGUUUAGUUCUCGGAGUCGAGUGGUGGGGGUAUAACGAGGGAACCCGUGCCUCUCGCUCGUUCAUGUGUUGUUCGCGCGUCUCCUCUCUCGCUCGCGCGCGGCCAUUUUCCUUCUCUGUUCGUUCGACGCAGCUUAUAGAGGCUCUCUCGCCAUUUCGCUCUUUCUCUCGCGCUAGCAGUGUGUGCAGUUGCUGCUUCUAUAUCUUUGGUCCGCCGCUCUUUCUCUAUCUGUCUCUCUCGCUCUUUCUCUCAGGCUACUCUGCUCUCUCCGCGGCUGCCUGAAAACCAUGAGCUGAGAGAUAUACAAAACGUACGGACUCGUUUUUUUUGUUGUUGUCUCAGCAGAGAGCUGCUGCUACUGCAGUUGUGCGUGAAGCCAACCUACCAAUGACGAUGUGAGAAAAAAAACAUUUCGAAGCGACGAUUGAGGGUCAACAGAUCCAGGCACCAGUAAAGUGUUCCAUGUUCACCCAAACAGAGCAGACUAACAGCUACACGCAAACUGAGCAAAGCAACUCAAAUUACGGAGAUCAGCGGCAGGUGAGACUUACUACAACUGUUUCACCCACACGCUGCACAAAAUUUUGAAGACAAAUCGAGUCAAGGAGUUUCUUUUGCUACUUCAGUGAAAUUUGAGUCAAGCUCAAACCACAAUGUUCGAUCAACAGAUUCAACAGCAGGCUAAUCAAGGUCAACAGACACAACAAGCGCAAAUGUACGUGACAACGACAGAGAAGAAAGACGAAAAAGGCCAAACAACCACGGAAUUUCCUUUUUACUAUAACGUUAACUUGAUGCAAAAAGUGCAAGGUAGCGUAGGAACGAUAGGUUCGAUAACGACUGAUGACAAAGGUUGCUAUAGGUUAGACGUGCAACCUGUUGGUUACAAUACCCUCAUCAAUCACAUGAGUCUAGCAACGUCGGGCAAUUCGGGCACCACAUACAAGUGCGACGUUUGUGGAUUAAUGUUCAAUCACAUUAACCUGCUCAACAUGCAUAAACGUGUGCAUACUUCGACUCCAAGUAAUUUGCAGCAACAACAGCACGUUGUCGUGCAAGCACCUACUACCGUCACUGUGGCCGCCACUCCCGAGAGGCCGUACACUUGUGAUAUCUGUGGCGCAUGUUUUGCUUUGCCAGGCGAAUUGAAGAGUCACAAAACAAACAUGCAUCCCAAGCCUAAAGUGCAGAUCUGCGAGGACUGCGGGAGCGAGGAUCCCUGUGAACAUCAUCCUACUAAAGUUAAAAAGAUUAUCAAACCUGGUCAUCAUCCAGUGAAACGGCGAGGUGUUACCAGUGUGACCAAAUGUCACAAGUGUAAUGGAACAGGCAUAAUCUUCAUUGGUAAACACAACGAUUCAAAAGUAGAAUCCGGAUACAGUUCCCUCGCGAAGUGUAGCGGCUGCAAGGCGACGGGCCGUAUCAUCAUAGGAAGCGGAAAAGCGAAUAGUCAACAACAAGAGAAGCCGUUCCAUUGUAACGUUUGUGACGGUACAUUCUCCAGAUAUUCUUCACUAUGGUCUCAUAAGAGACUUCAUUCUGGUGAUAAACCUUUCAAAUGCGAAGUUUGUGGCUUGGCAUUUGCUAAAGCGGCCUACUUAAAGAACCAUGGUCGUGUGCAUACAGGUGAGAAACCAUUCAAGUGCAGUCACUGCGGCAUGCAGUUUUCGCAGUCGCCACAUCUCAAGAAUCACGAGCGUAUUCAUUCUGGCGAACGGCCUUACCAGUGUGAAGUUUGUGAAAAGACCUUUGCAAGGCAUUCGACAUUGUGGAACCAUCGUAGAAUCCACACAGGCGAGAAACCAUAUCGUUGCAACAUCUGUGGCUCGGCAUUUAAUCAGGCGACGCAUCUUAAGAACCACGCAAAAGUUCAUACCGGCGAGAAACCGCAUAGGCGUCGUCAACCUAGAGGAUCUUCGACGAGAUGUGACAUCUGUGAGAUCGGCUUCUCGGACCGAUUUGCCCUGAAACGUCACCGAGCAAUUCACGAAAAGUACGGUCAAACGUCGUCCCGCAAUUCCCAAGGCAACAGCAGUGGACAACAAGUGGUGGUAGUAAAUGCCGCAGCACCGAGUGGCCAAGGAGUCAUGCUUGAGGAAGUAUACAAGUGUCAGGUGGCAUUCCCAGAGCCUAAAUGAGUGUCCGCCUCCGAUGGACCCAGAUACGCGCUCAUCGGUUGAACACAGUGACUCUUCGCUACCUUAUACCCGCCUGUGUACAGUUUAACGUGUUCAGAGACUCGCGCGGGUGUCUUUAUUUAUUGUCUAAUUUUUAACCGUUCAUUAUUGUGUUUAUUUAACGGAGACAUGAGAGAGUUGUACAGUUAUCGUGUUGAUACGCAGAUAAUGUACAUAUUAUAUAUACAUAAACAAAAAAGAAUGGUUAGUCUAACUUUCAACGACAGUGAAUACUUUUUAUAAGCGCUUUUUGUAUGUUGGCUCGAUUGAGGAACAUGUGGAGGAGGAUGAUAAUGAUGGUGAUGAUGAUGAUGAUGUUAGUUUAUUUUUUUCUUUUUUUUUAUUUGUACGGUUUUGUUACUUAGCUUUGCAAUUCGCAAAAUGAUUUUUCGCGUUGAAAUCUAAAAGAAAAAUCGGUGCAAUAUACGCUUUAUAAAAUCGUGCACUUGUCAAGGUUAUUGUUUUUUUAAUAUUUACGAGAGAUCAUUUAAUCUUUUAAAUGACUGAAAACUCAUUUUGUUGAACUCUUCUUUCAGCAUUUUUACUUUUGAAAAAUAUAUUAAGCGGAAUGCUUUAAUAACGCAAAAUAAAAGUAAAGAUUACUGAUGUCUUGUCGAGGAAUCUAAAGCAAAGAGAGAAUGAAUGAUGUCUAUGUAAGUGAUCACUAGUUUAUAAACGACGAGUAGCUGUCUACGUAAUACGUGUAUACAUAACUUUUUUAUAUCUUCACUUGUUAGAUGCGACAGCCACCGAUCGCUAAAAUUUUAUAAAAGAAAAUAAAUACGGCUUUAAAAGAGAGCAAGCAUCUAUAAUGCUCCCCUCGUAUUACAUGUACGUUGUCCUCUUCCCGAUAUUAAGUCAUGUAUAGACGAUAACACUUUCAUUUGUUUAAAAAUGUUAUACUGAAAACAAUUUUGUAAACAAAUGAAAUCUACAAUCACGGAUAGGUAAUCGGGAACGAAUCAUACUUCUCUUUCUUUGUAUUUUCCUUUUUUAAAUAUUGUUAACACACAUGUAAAAUAGAGCAUAGCAGAUUGCGUUUAGUUAACUCUUACGUGGUCAUAAUACCUGCUACAGUAUUUCGGAUUAGUUUAGAAACAUUGUCACGCCCGUUUCGCUCAGUCGCGAGCGAACGACUUUUUGUCAUCACCUUUAACCACAGUUUUUGAUCUUUACCUUCUGUAUACACACGAUUUCCUUUUUCAAGCAAAGUUAUUUUUAUUACUUCUGUAGAGGACGGAGAGAGCAUUAACAAAAAAGUACGACUUUAUGAUUUAAGAGUCUGUUGUUAUUGCGUUUAACUAUAUAGUUUACGUGUGAAUAGUUCAAGGUAUCUACAGUGAUAAUAAGUUUUUUUUUGCUGUAAGUUUAAUUUUUUCGCUUUAAAGGCACUAAGUGAAUUUUGUAAAUACAUUUAUGAAUACCUGAUCCUCAGAGUAUGUCAACGGAAGAAGUCCAUUGUUUCAAUUUUUUAUUUAUGCGUUACGUAAUGAUUCAUCUAUAUGGGCAAGGCCUCGAGGUCAGUUAACCACGAUGCAAAUGCGCAUAUAAAGUGUAUGCAUGCAAAAAUAAAAAAUGAAGCGUGUAUAAAUGUGUUUUGUAGGCAACAAUCCGUGCGGACUACUUAGAUCAUUAAUAUAUAAUUCAUUUUGUCUAGGGCAUGAACAAAAGUAGAAUUUACUGGAAGGGGCUCUUUAUUUCAAUUUUUUCUUUUGACCCAGUAGUGCUCAGUAAAAUUACAUUCCCAGAUUUACGACGCAAUACGUAAGAAUUGGUCAGAUUAAAAAUUACUUUUAUCAUCGACAUAUGCAGAUUCUACAAUGUGUUACUCUUUCUCUCGAUUACCAACAUUUACUUUAUAAUUUUAAUAAACAUGAGUUUGAAGAAAACUGCUUUGUUUUUUCAACGCCUCUUACAGUAACUCACCAUUUAUCGAAUCAAUUAAGCGUCUUAAGGAAAUGAUUCCGAGCUUCCACAUUGUCGAGAUAAAUGUAUGGAAGUGUCUUCCAGUGUGACUGUGUUGCGCUUUUUUCACGACUUCAUAAGGUGUUCUUAAUUCCAUACUACGAUGAAUGUGUAUAGUAUAUAAAUAAUUCCCUAUUGACAUUUGAUUUAUGCACAAAUUAUCAGGACAAACGUGUGUGUGUGUAUGACUUGUAUUUUUACAUCGUUGCACAAUUGACUUGCUUUGCGCAGUGGUACUUUAUCAUAAUCGUGACGGAAUUGAAGGAAAACUUGUUUGGCGAUUUCACUCGUAAUAAACUAGAAUUUUGUAUUAAGAAAAAACGAGAUGAGCAACAAAUGCGUCUUUUCAAAUCUGUUUGUUGUCAAUAUAAAAAAAACUAGGAGCUAUCAUUUUUAAGUAUACGUGUAUCAUAUUAAUUAAUGCCUAGGUCACAAAUGACAUUUUUGAUUUAAACAACUAGUGCACGAUUAUAACAGAUAUUCGAAUAAUAAUAAAGA